UUUGGGGGGUUUUUUUGUGAGGACUUGUAUUAUACUUCUUUACCCUUCUUUUUUUGUCGUCCCCUCUCCCCGCCCACACUUGAGGGCAUGGGGGCAGAUUACGCUGCAUGUUCUUAGAUUCUUUUUAAUCACCUGGACACUAAAGGAAAUACAGAGUUCCUGCCAUGUCCACUAGGUGUGCCCUUGGGAAAGUGCCCAGGCAGCCCUCCCUACUCCAGCCCUAAGAACAUCUGAGAGUGGGCAUCCCAGGAACAUAGAAAAGAGAAUAAAAUUCAGACAUCAUAAUUAUAGGCUAUUAAGGGUGCUAAAGUAGGAGUUUUUAAUUGACUAAAGAGAUACCAUUCUCUACAUUUCUUGCUAACUUAGAAAAUAAACCUUCAUGCACAUAAAUGUAGCCAGUUUGGCCCAUGGGUUCCGAAAACUGGGCACCUAUAAACUGGUCAUUUUCACUUUGUACACACAUAGGCAGCAUCCUAGUAGGCCUGGUAUCAAAAACAUUUACAAGUCUGAGUAUAGCAGCAGCAGAAAGAUGAGACAGCCACAGAAUCCCUGUUCUCAGGCCUCCCUACGUGGUAAUGGUGUGUGCUCGAGGAAUCACCAACAAAGACUGGUCUGUGUGGAUAGAUACUCUGUCCCAGCUCCCAGAUAGCCAGGUCCCUUGGCUGCCUUGGGCCACAGUUCUGAAGUCCUUUUCUAACAGGAAAUGGUGCAGGAAGUGGAUGGUGCCCCGAAAACAUUUCUGCAUUCCCAUUUGUCACAUGGUCAGGUUCUUUCCUCUCCUGCCCAGGCACAUGAACAGGAGAGGAAAGUGCUGUAUUCGAUCUCGGUAACUUCAGAAAUCUCUUCAGCUCCCUAGAACAGAUUGGGCCGGCCUCCAUGUGUGGCCUCUCAGACUACCUGUCUUUAAAUCACUGGUUCCUCACUGCCAUAUACCCUCAAGGAGAACAGACUACUUCACUGGGCCUCAAAGGCCUAUUUACAAGAACCCUUUCUCAAUCUCUAUACAUUUACUGACCUUGAGACACCUCAUAAUUUGUCGAUUCCCAGUUAACAGCAUUUUAAAAAAUCUAUUUUGCCAGUCAUCCUUGCUGUGGAGAUACUGCUUUGUAAAUCUGACCCUCUAAAAAAUAAGCGAUUUGAAUAGAAUGCCUGAUGUCUAUUGUCUCAUAUACCAUAUUUGACCUUCAAUCGUUGAGUCGGAUGAGUAAGCUGUUAGCCCCUAGUCAGGAAGUUACCCAAGCAUGGACACAGUAAUUUUGAAGCUACAGGCUGGACCCUGAAUUGAGCCCUCCUGAAUGGGAAUGUUGCCUGACUCACAUCAAAGAGCCUUAGAAGAGAAAAGCAUUUUCACAGUGCAUGCACCUGGGCUGCUGCAGACACUCUGGCCGACUCGUAGAUGCCUUCUGACCAGCUCUUCCAGGGACCUAGUGCCUGCUUGGUGAGGCCCUGACUCCUAACUUCUUGGCACUUGGCUUUUCUUCCCUGGGGAGACCGAAAUGAGUCGUGAUUACCAUUGCAGAUAAAAUUAAGUGGCAUAUAUUCUUAAGGCUGGCCCUGGCACAUACUAAGGUGACAUCAGACAAAUUAAGUCUCUCCCAAUACCUCUGUAGCCGCCUCUGCAAACCAGGGAUCAGUGCUUGCGUCAUAGCUGUCAUGAUGCAUGUGCAGCGCUCCAUCCACAGUACAGUUGCAAGUGUGUUCAGUGCUCCCAGACGAGAGUGCUGCCCAGGAAGUCUGCUUAUAGAGUACUUUGCCUGGGAUUCAUUCUCCCAAAAUGAACACUUAACCUAAAAGCACAGGUAUUUAGUUAUUUAAUCAGAUGUUUACUAAACCUGAGUACAAUUAAAAUCCCUGUUAACAUUCUAUAAUAUACAGUCAAAUACUGGACUAGUUGCCAUUUCUCUAGAGGCCACAUAGACAUUGAAAUGACUUAUCCAAAAGCUCUGCCCUCUCCUCCUUCCCCCACUACCCCCACUUGUCCUUCCUGAAAGUGAAACCAGUUCUGGGCAGUGUCCCAUGGGUAACCUAUUCUCGUAGAGUGCGCCAACUUGCCACCAGGUGGUGCUGUUGUAUAAAAGAAAAGUUGACACAUGGCUUGUUCUUAGCUCAGUGGAAGAUGGUCAGUGUGAGUUGCAUCAGAAGUCAAGGUAUCUACCUUCACAAGGACUUUCUGAGGGCACUUCUUGGCCUUAUUUUUAGUUAAAUGAAGCCUUUUGAAUUUUUGAAACCAAAGAGCUAGAACAUGAAAAACAGAAACUCUUACAGAAUCCCUUCAUUAAAAAACAAACAAACAGAAUGUCCUUGAGAAAAAGCAAGUAGGCAUAAUAGUUAAAUGCAUGGGUGCUGCAGGGCGCAUGUCUUACCUGGCUCUGACGUGCUAACACUCUGGCCUUGUGCACAUUUAUAAAGACUGUUAACUCCGUGUACUGUGAUAUGGCUCCCUUUUGGGUGAUCUGAGGCCACCUUAGCUCGCUGUGCAACAUCAAUACCAGAACUGAAAACUCAGUGGUCAGUGGGAGACUCAAAUGAGCCCCUGGGUCUGAUGAGGACCUGGCACAGUGAUUGCCAUUUGCUGUGGUUACUCCUAUCCUAAAUAUCUUUCUCUCUCCUUUCUCAUUCUACAGUUUGUGGCCAGUUGCUUUUUAAAGACAGAAAGCUCAUGGUACAAAUUGUUGUUUCCAGUGCUGGGGCUGGAGGCCUGGCAGAAUGGGUGCUGAUGGAGCUACAGGGGGAGAUCGAGGCUCGCUACAGCACCGGAUUAGCUGGAAACCUCCUGGGAGACCUACAUUACACCACUGAGGGAGUCCCUGUGCUGAUCGUGGGGCAUCAUAUCCUGUAUGGGAAAAUCAUCCACCUGGAGAAACCUUUUGCCGUCCUUAUCAAACACACGCCUGGAGAACAGGACUGCAAUGAGCUCAGCUGCGAGACUAGCACCCAGUACCUCGUGACAGCACUCAUCAAAAACAAGAUCCUUUUCAAAACCCGCCCCAAGCCCAUUAUCACCAGCGUCCCUAAGAAAGUAUGA